ACCUUUCGAAUCGCGUGAGUGAUAUGCUUCAUCCAGAGACAGUGAAAUACUACGCUUCGUGUGUCGCGAAAGCUACGUUGGCAAAUUCUGGCUUCGGCUUCGUCAUUUCAUGUAAAUUUAGUUUCUGCUUGAUCCUCUAAGUCAGAGUACUAAAUCUUCCUUUUUUCCGUCUCCUGGUCCUGUAUUAUAUCUAUGACUAGCGAGUCUCGAUCUCGUCCAAAACAUCUCCUAAUCAAUCCUGCGGUCGCAGUCUGCGCGAUCCGAUGUUGAGUGCACUACACGCUCCGGAAUUCAGCGGUGCUCCACCAAUUGGUCUUACAGAGCGUAUGCCCCCUAUUCUUAUUCAGAGCGGAGAGGCGGAGGCACUACGGGACAUGCAUGUCGGUCUUGCGCAGAAUUUAGCAGCAUCGGGCCUGGAUGUGACCCUGCAAGUGUUUCAGGAUGCAG